AUGCAGUUCAAAGUUGCUGCCCUCUCGCUGUUCGCCGCUGCCGUGACAGCUCAAAACUCGACAUCAUUGCCAGAGCUCGUCUCCAAUCUCCCAACAUGCGCCAUCCCUUGUUUCGAAUCCGGCGCCUCGGCCGCUGGCUGCUCGACGACUGAUUUCGACUGCCUCUGCGGCUCCGGCAAGGAUACCUUCGUCUCGAGCGCCGGCACAUGCGUCGUCACGCACUGCGACAGCGACGAAUUAAGUACCGCUAUCAAAACCGCCACACAGCUCUGCACCGAGGUUUCAGACAACCCCGACCCAUCCGAGGUCGCAUCCGCCUCGGCAAUCAUCACAUCAGCCCUUGGCGCCGCGGAAGCCACGUCGUCCUCGGAUCCAGACUCAGCCGCCUAUAGACCCGAGAUCAGCCUCACGUUCCUGGGGGCCAUUGCCGCUCUGCUCGCAUUAUAA